AUGGCUUCCCAUUCCUCAUUCUCCAUUACUCGCACACACACACUACUAGUGCUCUUCAUCUCAUCACUCCAACUCUCGUCGGUUUCCUCAUUCGAGUACCAAGUCGGCGACAAGAUUGGGUGGGUCGUCCCCCUUGCCAACCAAACCAAAUUUUACAAUGAUUGGGCAUCCGAGAAGCGGUUCAAAGUUGGCGACACCAUCCGAUUCAAGUACAGGAAGGACUCGGUGAUGGAGGUGAGCGAGACAGACUACAAGAAGUGCACUUCCAGGCGCCCCAACUUCUUCUCCAACACCGGCAACACCGUCUUCACUCUUGACCGCUCCGGUUAUUUUUAUUUCAUCAGUGGAGCAUCGGGGUAUUGUGACAAAGGGCAGCGAAUGGUCGUUAAAGUCAUGUCGCAGGAUGAUCACAACUCUUCUCCAACUUCUUCUUCUUCUGCCUCUGCCUCUGUUGCAUUAAUAUGCCAUCGUCAUCAUCACCUUCUCUUCACCAUUCCCACUUUUCACUUUCUCCUGCAUCUUGCUUCACGCAUCGGCAUCUUUUAACUGCUAGCCGCUCCCUGCUACAUCUUUUUUUCUUUUUUCUUUUU